GGGAGGCUCGGAACUAGCUUCGGUCCCAUUUUCUCCAACAAAAUUUGGACGAACACAUAAAACUGAAAGACCCAUCAAAGAUUUUCGAUAAACACAGAGAAAAAUCCUUAUAAUGAAGAAAAACGACUCGACCCACUAAUAAAAGGGCAAGACAUUCUCUCCCUCUUCCUGUUUUUCUUCAAUUUUUGCAAUGAUCCUUCACCCAGAAUCGAAAAUUCCCUUCUCCUGAGCUCUUCUUUCGACCCUUUUUCAAAAUCAUUUCUAUUCUAACACCCAAUUUGUUUUCUGGGAAAAUUGGGAUUGUUUGGAAUAGAUUAGGGAUUUUUAUUUGAUUUCUGUGGAUUCUUGAGGGCUUAAUGAUGGCGACAGAGCAAGUUUUUCCGUUUUCUGUUGCUUCUGUGGUUGAAGAUGUUCUUCAACAGCAUGGAGUUCGUCCACGAAAUAUCGAUUUGGCUUCGAAGAAGUCUGAAGAAGACUCCUUGAGAAGGUAUGAAGCGGCUGGGUGGCUAAGGAAAACUGUUGGAGUUGUUGGUGGUAAAGACUUACCAGCUGAGCCUUCUGAAGAGGAAUUUAGGCUUGGAUUAAGAAGUGGAAUUAUUCUUUGCAAUGUCCUCAAUAAGGUUCAACCUGGAGCAGUGUCAAAGGUUGUUGAAGGCCCAUGUGAUUCUGUAAUCAUUCCUGAUGGGGCACCCUUAUCUGCAUACCAAUACUUUGAGAAUGUAAGAAAUUUUCUGGUGGCCAUAGAGGAAAUGGGGUUGCCAACUUUUGAAGCGUCUGAUCUAGAACAGGGAGGAAAAUCUACAAGGGUUGUGAACUCUGUUCUGGCACUCAAGUCAUACAGCACCUGGAAACAAGGAGGCGGAAACGGGGUGUGGAAAUAUGGUGGGACAGCUAAAUCACCGACAUCACGGAAAAAUGUGGUGCUAAAAAAUUCAGAACCAUUCAUGAAGUCUUUUUCAAAAACCUCAUCUACUGGUGAUAGUUUUUCUCUUGAAUCGUCUUCAAGUGGUGAUAAUAGCAAUGAAGCAGGAUCGCCCCGUCCUUUACAUAUGCUACUUUCUCAACUUCUUUCUAAUAAACAGCUUGACGAAAUCCCCAGUAUCGUGGAAUGUAUGAUUGGUAAAGUCAUGGAAGAGUUUGAGCAUCGGCUAGCAACUCAUAACAAUAUGAUGAAAACUAAUGCAGAAGAUGUGGCAGAAUCUGUAUCUGAGAAAUCUCCUCCACAAAUCACUUCUGCUGAUGAAACGAUGGAAGAGGAAACAACUAGUUCUCCUGAAGAAAUAAGUAGUCCAGAAGCAACAAGUUUUCCUGAAGAGAUAAAUAGUCCAAAAGAUAGUCCAGAGGCAGAGGAAACAAGUUGUCUUGAGGCAGACAGUUAUCCUGAAGCAGAAAGUUGUCAUGAAACAGAAAGUUGCCAUGAAACAGAAAGUUGUUCCGAAACAAAAAUUGAAAACUGUGAGUUUAAUGAUCAGCGUGAUGAGGAAUUGGAACGCAAAAUCUUGAGAAGACAGAUGCUGCUUGAAGAGCAACAGAGAAACAUAGAGCUGUUGAAGGGUGCUCUUGAUGAGACCAAGGCAGGAAUGCAGAGUCUGCAAAUGAAGUACCAAGAGGAAUUCAACAAUCUAGGUAAGCACAUGCAUGGCGUGGCUUAUGCUGCUUCAGAAUACCGAAAAGUUCUUGAAGAAAAUCGAAAACUAUAUAACCAAGUUCAAGACCUGAAAGGAAAUAUCAGAGUAUAUUGUAGAGUUCGACCAUUCCUUGGUGGGCACUCAAAUCGACCUUCUACUGUCGAUCGCAUUGAUGAAGGGAAUAUGAGCAUUGUGACACCAUCGAAAUACGGCAAGGAAGGAAGGAAAACAUUCAGUUUUAACAAAGUAUUUGGGCCUUCUGCGACCCAAGGGGAAGUAUUUUCGGACACUCAACCUCUGAUUCGUUCCGUGCUCGAUGGUUAUAAUGUUUGCAUAUUUGCUUAUGGCCAAACUGGAUCAGGAAAAACCUACACCAUGUCAGGACCAAAUGAGCUCACUGAGGCCACUUUAGGUGUAAACUACAGGGCAUUGAGCGAUUUGUUUGUUCUUUCACAACAAAGGAAACAGACCAUUUCCUAUGACAUAUCCGUUCAGAUGCUUGAGAUUUACAAUGACCAAAUUAGGGAUCUCCUUGUGACAGAUUCCACUAAUCGAAGAUUAGAAGUUCGUAACAGUUCUCAAAAUGGGAUUAACGUACCGGAUGCAUGUCUUGUACCCGUGUCAUCAACAUCAGAUGUUAUAAAUCUGAUGAAUCUGGGUCAAAAGAAUCGUGCAGUGAGCUCUACUGCCAUGAAUGAUCGGAGCAGUCGUUCUCAUAGCUGCUUAACUGUUCAUGUUCAAGGAAGAGAUUUGACAUCCGGGGCGAUUCUUCGUGGGUGUAUGCAUCUUGUUGACUUGGCAGGAAGUGAAAGGGUUGAUAAGUCUGAGGUUAUAGGAGAUAGAUUGAAAGAAGCACAACAUAUCAACAAGUCUCUUUCUGCAUUAGGAGAUGUUAUUUCCUCUCUUGCUCAAAAGAAUGCACAUGUUCCUUACAGGAACAGUAAACUCACACAAUUGCUCCAAGAUUCACUUGGAGGUCAAGCAAAGACACUCAUGUUUGUUCACAUAAGUCCAGAGCCUGAAGCUCUUGGAGAAACAUUGAGUACUUUAAAGUUUGCCGAAAGGGUUUCAACUGUUGAGCUUGGGGCUGCUCGGGUUAACAAAGAUGGUUCCGAUGCGAAAGAGCUCAAGGAACAGAUAGCUAGCCUUAAAGCAGCCUUAGUGAAGAAGGAUGGUGAAACGGAGCAACAUUCUCGAUCAAACACUCCAGAAAAAAGUAGGAUGAAAACCUUCUUGUCAUCCCCUUCACUUCCUAGCUAUAAAAGUGUCGUAGAGAUGUCUGUUAACAGAACAAACUCAUUGGAAGACGUUCGUAAUGCUGCUGAGGCUCAAAACAAAGCUAACCAAAAGCUCAAAAGAAGAAGCCUAGAUCCCCGAGACAUGUUACGGAAUUCUCCAUGGCCACCAUUGGGCGCAACACUUGCUAAAGCGAGGGAAGACGACAAAGAAUCUGUUUCGAGUGAUUGGGAUGACAAAGUUGUCAUUAACAAGAAUGAACUUACAGGACCUUGGGAUGUAAACAAGUUGUCUGAGACAUUUCAUCAGAAUAUUCUUGUAGAACCCUCAAAGGUGUACCCUGAAAGCCCGUUCAACAAUUAUUCAGUGAACAAGAAGGAAAACCAAGAAUUUGAUGUGCAGAGGAACCAGUAUGAGAUGGCCAGCACUGAUGAUUCUGAUGAUCAUGAGGCUACAAAUAGUGAAACAUCAGAACCAGAAGUAAUUUGGCAGUCAAGCCUUCCAAUUCCAAAGGCUUCAACCAUUCCAAAUGGUUUGGUAUCAAAGACUAAGAAAACAGCUAAUCCUAAGCCAGCCAAGAGCCCAGAAAUCAGGAGCUUCAUUCCAUCAUUGAUUCCUCCACCGUCACGGAAACCGCAAGCUGGAGUUGCCCAACAGGUGCCUAAGACGGGCAAACAGUUCGUUCCGGUUGAGGGGGGGAAGAGAAGGGGUGGCAAUACUAAAUGAGUAUUGUGUGAUGGAGUUUGUUCAUGAAUUGAUUCUUCCUCAUUUUUGUUUUCCUAUUUUUGUAUCCAUUUGUUGUUGUAUAUAGAAAGAGAGAGAGAGAGAGAGGGAGAGAUUCUCUGUUAAAUGGGCAAUAGUUCAAGUUGCCUAAGUUUCUCUGUUGAAUCUUCAAAUGUAUGGUGAAAUGGGUUCCCUCCUUGUAUAAUCCAAUUUGUUUAUAUGUUGGUCCUUUGAGUUUUGUAAUUUCAAAACUGUGAGACAAGGAAGUUGCAAGUUGAAAGGAAAAAGAAGAAUCAAAUGUAUUUUGUGUUUGUUGUACCCCUUCUUGAGAGUGAAAUUUAAAGCUUUAACCUAUAAAGAAAGAUACUA